UAGUAUUUUAUUUUGUUUUUUAGGCAAAAAGGUAUAUAAAUUUUAUGCAUAAAGGCGCUUAAAAUUUGUAAACCCUUCCUAGAUCCACUUUUUUUACUUUCCCAGAACCCUAUCUACAUCCGAAUUUCGUAUGUAAACCAUUCAAGAUAGUCUACUUUAUAAUUCAAUUUCUGUCCCCUUGUUUAUGUGCGGCAAAUUUACCAUUGUUUGAGAUAUGAGAGCGAUCCGAGUAUUUUUAGGUUGAUAAGCUCCGGCUAUCGAUAGAGGUCUUCAUUGCUUAAUAAUAAGCGAAGGCAGUUAAAGCUAGAGACUGGCUGUGUUCGGAGAUGUCGGACGACUACAGCGAAGAUGCCCCCGUGGUGCAGACAACACAUGGAAAGGUGAGGGGAACCCUGCUUAAAUCCCUAUAUGACGAACAGUUCUACGCUUUUGAUGGCAUACCCUAUGCGGUCCACGACCUUAAAUCAUGGCACGGGAUUCGCGAUUGCUCCAAGCCGCUCAGCAAGUGCCUGCAAGUGAGCACAUUAACCAAGGAGGUGGAAGGCUCCGAGGAUUGCCUUUACCUGAACAUAUCAGUAAAAACCCUAAAAGGUGAUCCCAUGCCUGUGAUGGUCUACAUCCAUGGAGGCGCUUUUAAGGGCGGAGAUUCUUCGAGACGCGCCUGGGGUCCCGACUAUUUUAUGAAGGAAAACGUUGUGUACAUAAGCAUUGGUCAUCGACUAAGACCUUUAGGCUUCCUCAGUCUUAAGGAUCCUGAUCUUGAAGUUCCUGGCAAUGCUGGAUUGAAGGACGUUAUCUUGGCCCUCCGUUGGAUCAGGGCAAACGUGACCAACUUCAAUGGUGACCCCGAGAGAAUCACCAUCUUUGGUCACAGCUCUGGCAGCAUGACCGUUCAGCUGUUGCUGGCAAGUCCACAAUCGGAAGGACUCUUCCAUAGGGCCAUACUCUUGGCAGGAUUCUCAAUGGAGCUGAACCGCCUGCCCCAAAUGGAGUACCGCUUGGCCAAGCAUUUAGGUUACGAGGGAGAUAAUGUCGAUAGCCAGGUCUUGGAGUUUCUCUUGAAAGCAGAUCCGGCUCUGAUCGUCUCUGCGGACUUUUUCACUCCACUGGAGAAGAGACAGGGUCACAAUAUGCCCUUCAAGCCCAGCAUUGAAAGCUACUCCACGCCCAAUGCAGUGCUCCUUGCCGAGCCUGUUGAUCUCCAGCAAACCACGUGGAGCAAUCGCAUUCCCAUCAUCUUAGGCGCCAACAGUGGCGAAGGGUUGUCGAUUUUUAACUUCGUAAAAAUGAACCCCUCGUGGCUGAAGGACUUUCAAUGCAACCCGGAGCGGGUGCUGCCUUGGACCCUGAGAAAUCGCUGUGAUCCUGGACAGCGGCGCCAACUGGGUCAGGCAUUGAUCCAUCACUUCUGUGAGGCGCACGGCCAUGAGUUGACUGCAGAUCACACAAACGGAUUGGUGGAGCUCUUCACCCAUGCCUUUGUGCAUGCCAUGGACCGACUAAUCCAAUCCAGACUGACUUACGGCCAGGCGCCCACUUACCUUUAUCGAUUUGACUUCGACUCGCCGGAUUUUAAUUUCUACCGAAUUCGCUUUAUGGGCAAGGAACAGCGGGGAGUUGGACACGUGGACGAACUGGGAUACAUUUUCAAGCUGCCAGUCACCUUCAAAUUGGACAAGUCUCGACCAGAGUUCACAGCCAUUCGCCGAGUGGUGGCCAUGUUUGUCCAAUUCGCCACCACCUCGGACCCAAAUGCUCCACUCACUAAAUCUCUGGUGGAUUGGAAGCCCGUAACUCGAUUCGGAAAACGAAUGGUCAAAAAUAUAAGCGAGGAAUUGAAUUUUAUUCCGCAGCCUGAAAUGCCGAAGCUGAAGUUUUUCGAUCGGCUAUACGAAAUGGCUGGAGUACCUUUUUUCUAAAAAACCUUUUCGAAAUAAAUAAAUAUUACUUCUGAUUUCACUUGCUCGA